GAGACCCACGGCCUCAACUAGCUCAUUUAUGCAUUGAGCAAUUAGGGGUCCAGUCCUGGUGAGAUUGGGUUGUCGAUGUGGGGGAAUAGGGUUUCGUUGCAGAAAUUGAUGAUUCUGGAUGGUCACCUGCUUUGUCCCAUUUGUGGAGCCAUUCUUUGGAUGAAUUUGGGAGCCAACAGAGACACCAAUACUAGUUGCAUCAAAGAAUGGUAUCACUGAAAUAGUUAGAGGAAUCCUGGAACAAUUUUCUGAGGCAAUAUAUGACGUGAACUCAGAGGGAAAGAAUGUGAUGCUCUUAGCUGUGGAACACAGGCAACCUCAAGUUUAUGGAACGUUGCUAAAACAUGUCGAAAAAUCUACAAAAGAUUUGUUAUACCAUAAUGACAAUGACGGAAACAAUGCUUUGCAUCUUGCUGCAAUUGCCAAUACUUAUCGCUCUUGGUUUGCCUCAAAUGCUGUGCUUCAAAUGCAAUGGGAAAUCAAUUGGUUCGAGCUUGUUAAGAAAGAUAUGCCAAAAAAUAUGUUAACCCACCAAAAGAAGGAGGGCAAGACCCCUGAACAGAGCUUUAUGGAGACCCACACUGAUCUUAUGAGAAACGACGUUGACUGGCUUUUGAAAACCUCAGACUCUUGCACCAUUGUUGCAGCACUAAUUGCAACCGUUGCCUUUGCCAUGUCAGCCGCCUUGCCUGGCGACGUCCAAGGAAAAAACGGGGAACCAGUUCUCCAAGGACAGGGGAUGUUUGAGAUCUUCGCCAUCUCAUCACUUGUGGCGCUUUGCUUUUCACUCAUGGCAGUGAUCAUGUUCCUUUCCAUUCUCACCUCUCGACACCAAGUCAUGGAUUUUCAUGUUAGGGUGCCCCUCAAACUCCUCAUUGGUUUGACUGCACUUUUUAUAUCCAUUGCUUCCAUGUUGAUAUCCUUUUGCGGCGGACAUUUUUUCGUUGUCAGAAAUAUACUCAAUAAUGCAAAGAUUGCUGAAUAUUUGGUGGCGUUUCUACCUGUGACAUUUUUUGUCAUUGCGCAGUGUCCACUCUACUAUAAGCUUUUCAAGGCCACAAUACUUAAGACGGAUCCUUAGCGUGGCUAUAUAAUUUCAUGUGUGUGCCCUUUUUUUUCUUUUCUUUUUUUUCUUUUUGGAGAAUAUGUGUGUAUAUUUAUGUUCUUAACGA